CGAUAGCUGAGAAUGUUGUUAUUGUCUGCUCUUUGUGGCCUGAAACGCAACUUAUAGUAUAACUUUGUAACAAAACGAUUUCUAGUGCCUAAACAUUAGUCAUAGACAUAAGGAUAUUACCGUAAAUAAGUAAAAAAAUGUUCUCUCGCAAGAAACCAGAGCCUCCAAAGCGUCGACAACAUGACUUGUCCCAGUUUGGUUUUACGGAAAUACCAGAUGACUUUGAUCCCAGCACUGGAUAUGGUGAAGAUGAUGUUGAAGAUAGCGAUUUGGAAGCUGAGCUAGCUGCAAUUGCCGGUGGCGGAGGUCCAAAGCCCAAGGCAAAGCCAAAGCCAAAGCUGUUGCCCAGCAGCGAUUUAGACAAAAUGAUUGCAGAUAGCAUGCGUGAUGUCAGCGAUGAUGAUGACGAUGAUGGCCUUGAAAAUUACACUGAUUUACUGGGCGAACUGCACGGCAUUGCAGGAGGAGAUGUGGAGGAAGAGGAGCAACCUGCUGCACCUGUUGUUGCAGCUGUUGAUCCCGAGCCAAUACAGACUUUCUUGCCCACAACUACAGUGGACACGUUGAGCAUAAUCAGACUGCGCUUAGAAAUGUAUAAACAGGCUGAAGCCAAUGCAAAGGCUGCUGGCGAAUCUGCCAAGGCGCGCCGUUUUGCCCGCGGACUAAAGACCCUGGAGGAUCUGCACAAGCAGUCAGCUGCCGGACAGACCAUUAAUGUCGAUGACAUUCCGCCCGAGGUCAGUGUGAAGCCAGCCGGCGAGGCAGCACCUGAAUCUGUACCAGAAGAACCAAAGCAACCAACGCGUGCUGCACCAGCGCCACCCACGCCAACUACCCCGACAGCAGCAGCAGUAACUCCGCCCGCUCCAGCUACGCCUACGAAGGCCGAGACACCUACCAGUCCCUUGGUGUCUCAAAUGCGUCAUCGACAAGGUGAAUACAAAGCCGCCGCAUUACAGGCUAAAAGAAACGGGGAUACAGCAAAUGCCUUGCAGUUUCUUCGCAUUGUAAAGCAAUUCGAUGUGGUGGUCAAGAUGUGUGAGGAUGGCCAAGAGGUUGAUCUCAGCGAUAUGCCGCCUCCACCCGCCGAAUUUCUUGCGUUCAUGGCAAAAAUGCAGAAUGGAACAGCCGAAACCACUCCAGCUAUAGCUCCAGCUCCAGCAGCACCAUCUCCAGUGCCAUCGACAGCUGUUGAUACUUCAGCGGCGCCGUCUUCCAUGCUUGAAGCACUGCAGCAGCGUCUGGAUAAAUACAAAUCCGUGGAGGAGGCGGCCAAAGCGGAAAACAACACCAGUAAGUCACGUCGCUUUGGACGUAUUGUCAAGCAGUACGAAGAUGCCAUCAGACAAUAUAAGGCGGGAAAACCUAUUGCCUAUGAUGAGUUGCCUGCGCCGCCAGGCUUUGGACCGCUGCCUACAGCAGAUGCAGCACCAGCUGCCGCACAACCUAAGCCCCCUGCACCCACACCACCAAUGUCGCCUACAUCACCGCCUGCCACUGCAAGCACUUCAGCCGGAGGCACACCGUCCAGCUCUGGCACAGUUACACCGACAGUUGUACGUAAAGCACCUUCACCAGCACAACCUAAGGAUUUAACAACACGCACCUCAGGCAAUCAGCAGAAGAGCAAUCUGGCGGAGCAACAAAUGAAGCUGCUGCUCGAGCGUCAGAAGGAGUUUAAAGUGGCUGCCAUAGCAGCUAAGAAAGCGGGUGAAAUUGACCAGGCCAAGGAAUAUCUGAAGAUCUAUAAAGGCUUUGAAUCGCUGCUGAAUGCAGCCAGCAGCGGAUUACCCGUGGAUCUAAAUACGCUGCCAGUGCCGCCUUCUCAACGGGAUAAUCUAGAGUCGUCGUUUGCCAUUGUGUCGGCAGAGGAAUGUGAUCCUAAUGAUGACAUUUGCGAGAUUGGUGUGCGCAUUGAGGAGCAGCUGGCGAAGCAGCUAAUGAUGUGCAAAAAUACACGUGAUCAUCACAAGGCCAUGGGCGAUGUGGCCGGCAUGAAUCGAUUUGAGAAUCUUGCAUUAACAGUGCAAAAGGAUUUGGAUUUAGUGCGAUAUUCCAAACGCAAGAACCAAACGCUGCCCAAAUUCCACUAUGAAAAGCGUUCCUUUAAUAUUGUUCAUUGCAACACGGACUUAACCGAUAAUGAGCUCGAAAUUGUUGUUGUGCGUGGAAUCAACUACAACGUGGCCAAUGCCAAGGAUGUGGACACUUACGUGCGCAUUGAAUAUCCGCUUUUGAAUGAUGAGUUCUUCAAGGCAAAGACAAAUGUGAUUAAGGACACAGACAGUCCUGACUAUGAUGAACGCUUCAAGGUGGAUAUACAGCGCGGAAAUCGACAAUUUAAUCGCAUCAUCAAACGACAUGGCGUCAAGUUCGAAAUCUACUCAAGAGGCUGCAGUUUUGAUUGUUGUGGACUAAGUCGUAAACUGCCCGUAUGUUGUUUCAGAGGAUUUUUAAGAUCUGACACGCUAAUUGGUACCAUCAAUGUCAAGCUGGCGCAGCUGGAGACAAAGUGUGAUAUACACGAUACCUACGAUCUGAUGGAAGGACGCAAACAGGUGGGUGGAAAAUUGGAAAUCAAGGUGCGUGUCCGAAAUCCCAUAUUGACCAAACAAAUUGAGCACAUCAAUGAGAAGUGGCUGGUGCUGGAUGCCGAGGGUUAAGCAUACUCCCAGAACUUGCUUUAUAUAGAUAUAUAUAGAUAAUUGUAUAUGUUUAUCUCAACAAAAUUUCAAGUUUUUAUUGCUCUGUACGCUGUGGCCCUCGCUUAAAAAUGGCAUAAAUAAUGUAUUACACACAUACACAUACGUUAUUUACUAUGUAUAUUUAUAUAAUUAUUUAUGUAUAUGAUAUACUUUUAUUGUUGACAAGACGUAUCGCUGUUCUGAAGAUUUGUGCCCCAUUUUAUAUUCAGUUCCAUUCCAAAAGUUAAAGAGUAUAAGAGAGGGAGAGAUUUUUGGAGGAACAGCUAACGCCUUGCGACCAAUUAAAGCCUGAUUAUGUUGCAUCU